AGCUAUUCCUUUAUUGUGUAAAAAUGUAAAAACUAGUGCAAACUCACACAAUGUUACACGUUUACCGGGUUUUUGUAUUGAUUAGUAUCAAUUUUAUAUUCGUCAAAUGUUCUAUACCUAGCUUAAAUGUUCAAAAAACUGACGCAAAACUUAUCGCCAGGAAGCGUCAAGACACAUUAGAUAUGUGUCGCAUUUUCACUGUCGAAAACGAAAAAUUGAAUAGAGCUCAUUCUAAAAACUCUUACCAAAAUGGCGGGAACAGACGCUCUAAAAGAGAGACAGGAGAAAUGAAACCUACAGUGAACGUGAAUACUGAAAAUGUAGAGAAGGCCAAGAGAGUAGAAAGCAUUGUUGAUAAGCUGUAUGAGGAUAUUGUUGAAGAUGGGGCGCCCGUGACCUACAGGCAUCGAAACUUAGAAACUUUAACUACUAAAUCUUAUGUCCAAGAGGAAAAAAACAAAACGAUGAGGAGAUUUAAUUUCGCCCCUGCUGAACUAUUGGGACCACUGCCAACCGGCGAACCAUUUGAACCAUCGAAUCCUGAGGACGUAGGUACAGGCAUCGACUGGCCAAAGAGAUGGAAACAUGGGAUAGUGCCAUAUUUUAUAGACUCUAAAACUUAUGACGCGCACUUAGCAGAAGUGAUAAUGCAAGCGUUCGAGUACUUCGAGAAGGCCACCUGCAUCCGCCUCCAAAGGCUGAAGGACCGGCCGACUGACAAGGACUCGCUGCAGAACGUGGAGUGGCUGUACAUCACCAACCCGGCAGGCGUCAGGCAGUGCGUGCACAGCAAUGAGCGGAAGACUAACAAGGGUGUGCAGAUGGUAGUGUUUGGAUAUGACUGCUUAUCGCUCGGAGAAAUUGUACACGAAGUGAUGCACAUACUAGGCUUCUCACACGAACAUACUCGCCCCGAUAGAGAUCAACACAUAACUAUUUUGUGGAACAACAUCAAACCGGGCUACAAGAAAUACUUUGAAACUCGUGAAAAAGAUGUGCUGCAGAACAUUCCUUAUGAUUUCGCUAGCGUGCUGCACUAUCCCCCGCGAGCUUUUUCCAAAAAUGGACAAGUCACGAUUAUGGCUCAGCCUGGGGUAAAACUUGGCCAGCGCCAAGGUCUAAGCGAAGGAGACGUUGAGAAAGUAGCCGUCAUAUACGGACACGAGUGCGUAGAUCGGAAUCGGCAGUACCUCCUCAAGACCUGCCCCAGUGUGGUCAGAGCCGACACAGAGCCCAAGAACAUAACGCAGGAGGAGAUCGGGGAAUACUUCGUAGACAGGCUGUGGCGAUACGGUGUUGUGAACUACAAGCUCAGAGACCAAAUGGAAUUUUCUGCUGAAGAAAAAGAAAAUAUUAGAGCAGUAAUUCGGCAUAUCGAAAAGGAGACGUGCAUCAAGUUCCGAGAUAUUACGCCAGAAGAGGACGAUGAUACAGAUGAUGAAGCACCAUCGGUAAAUGAAGAUGAAAAAUCUGAAACGGAGCAAACUCACCCUCUAAAGAAACCUGUUGAUGGAGCACCCGCAGAGACAGCAGGUGAAGCAAAAAUUGAAGGCACGGAUGCUAAAGGCAUCAGUGAUAAUGAAGUUAAGCAUGGAGACGUCGAAGUUAGUACAGUUGAUGCAAGAAAUUCUGUACAUGACGAUAUUAAUAUUUUGAGAUCGGGAACAGCAAUCCCGAAAAUCGCAAAAGCCAACAAGCGUUCGCGAGUAGAACAGCAAAAAUCUCAAAGGCGUCAUGCCGCAGACAUACUUGUGUUCGCCAGGGGAGUAGAGCCGGGCUGCGAGUGCCCCACUCCAGGCAAACCUAAUGGGAAUAAAGUCUUGAAAAUCAACGCUGAUUGCUUCAAUUCUGUUAACGAUCUCCUCCAUUUAUUCAUGCACAUAUUGGGCUUCGAUCACCAACACAAUAUGCACGAUCGAGAUUCUUAUCUACAUAUCCUCUGGGAUAAUCUUACUCCAGAGAUCAGAAAGGAAAUGUCAAAAAAGCUACCGCCAGCUGCAUCUUUAGGGUUAAAUUAUGACUACCAGAGCGUGAUGCACUACCCUUGGCUUCAAAUCAAAGAUGGAGUUACCAACAUCAUGUAUCCAAUUUGGAAUGAUGGCUGGGCCAUGGGACACUGGCAAGGUCUUAGUUCUACCGACGUCAUGAAAAUUAACCUCCUGUACUUUAAACAGUGUUUAAGUAAGAAAAGUUUAAGGAAAAAAUAAAAAUCUUUCAAUGAU